AUGGCAAGAACUAAAUAAACUGCAAGAAAGAGCACUGCUGGUAACAAAAAGCCAACCAAACAUUUGGCCACCAAAGCAGCCAGAAAAACUGCUCCAGCUGUUGGUGCUGCUGGAGGUUUGAAGAAGCCACACAAAUUUAGACCAGGAACUGUUGCUUUAAGAGAAAUUCGUAAAUACCAAAAAUCAACCGAAUUGUUGAUCAGAAAAUUACCAUUCUAAAGAUUAGUUAGAGAAAUUGCUCACGAAUUCCAAAAGGAACUCAGAUUCUAAAGCUCUGCUGUCUUGGCUCUCCAAGAAGCUGCUGAAGCCUACCUUGUUGGAUUAUUUGAAGACACAAACUUAUGUGCAAUCCAUGCUAGAAGAGUCACAAUCAUGUCAAGAGACAUCCAAUUAGCUAGAAGAAUCAGAGGAGAAAGAUUCUGAUAUUUUUAUUAAGGAAAAUUAUUAUAUAACAUUUUCAUAAUUCUUUAUAUUUA